AUGACGACCGACAGCCAAGUCAAGCGACUGCGUGUGCUUGUCGUAGGUGCAGGUAUCGCCGGCCUCGCGGUGGGACGAGCCCUUCGUGAGCAUCACGAGGUACAUAUCUUCGAACAGUCGAGCUUCAAGACAGAAGUCGGCGCUGCAAUCCACACUGGACCAAACGCUAGCAAGAUCCUCCUCAAGUGGGGUAUGAAUCUGGAUCGCAUUGAAUCUCCCAAUUGUCGCCAUGUCUACGAGCACAACGUCGCUGGCAAGCUCGUGCUGCACAAGGAGGUCAAGGUUCUUGAGCACUUUGGUUCUCCCUGGCUCCUCAACCACCGCGUGUCGCUGCACAGGGAGCUGCUUCACCUCGCCACGUCCGACGACGCCUCUCUUCCUGGCAAGCCUGCUGUGAUGCACCUCAGCAGCAAGGUCGUCGCUGUCGACGGCGAGGCUGGUCGAAUCACGCUGGCAGAUGGAACCACCUUCGAGGGCGAUCUGAUCGUCGGUGGAGAUGGUAUCAAGAGUACUCUGCAGCAAUAUGUCCUCGGCCGUCCAGCUGGUGCCAAGCCCAGUGGUCACUCGGCGUACCGACUCCUGAUCCCCUUCGACCGCCUGAAGGGCCUUCAGGACGAGACGAUCGACAGGAUCAUGUCGGCGCCUUGCCUCGCCAUGUUUGUCGCAGAGGACAGGCGACUUGUGUGCUACACUUGCAAGUACAACGGAGAGGACCUGCUCAACAUCAUCGCCAUUGUGCCAGACGAGGGGCUCUUCGAGGAGUCCACCGAGUCUUGGAGUGCCGCUGGCUCGCUCAAGGACCUCAACGCCUCCUUUGCUGAAUUCUGCCCAACCGCCAAGAAGAUUCUCUCGCAGGCGACCGAGUGCGGGCUGUACCAGCUUCGCGACCAGGAUCCCCUCGAACUUUGGCACCGUCAUCGAGCUUUGAUCAUCGGCGACGCUGCCCACCCUAUGCUGCCCCACCUCGGUCAAGGCGGCUCGCAGUCCAUCGAGGACGCCGAGGCGCUGGCCUACGUUCUCCGCACCUCGCCUGGCGUUCCUGAACUCGGCCACGUCGAACAAGCACUGAAGCGCUUCCAGAAGCUCAGGCACUUUAGGGCCACCAUCUCGCAGGAGAGAUCCAGGCUACAGGCCCUCGGUCCUCGACCCGGCUCCAAGGAGGAGCUGCUCGGCAAGAACCCCACCGAAUUUGCCUUCUUCCUGUACGACUACCAGGGCGCCGAGGAGUGGGAGCAGCGCAUGAAGGAGGGCCGCGUUGGUAAGCCCCCUGGCGGCCCCUCUGCGGACGUGCCCAAGCCUGCCGGCGUCACCGGGGCUGCAGUCCCUGCCCAGGUCAGCGCCUGA